CGUUAGGGUCCCGCUGCCGGGCAGGGCAAGGGGGGCGAUCCCAGCUCUCUUCGCUUUGAGAGGAAGGGGUGUCCCAGCCAGCCUUACCCCACAAGAGAUCUCGGCUCGGACCAGGAAGCCCCGGCUCCAUGGAAAGGAUCCCCAGUGCCCAGCCUCCGCCACCCUGCCUGGGCAAGCUAGCCGCGCUGGAGAGCAACGACAUGCCCGGGUUGGACUUUGCUCACAUGUAUCAAGUUUACAAGCCCAGAAGGGGACUAAAAAGAGGCGAUGACAGUAAGGAGACCUAUAAGUUGCCCCACAGGCUGAUAGAGAAGAAAAGACGUGAUAGGAUUAAUGAAUGCAUUGCCCAGCUGAAAGAUCUUUUACCAGAACAUCUCAAACUUACAACAUUAGGACACUUGGAAAAGGCCGUCGUUCUUGAACUUACCUUGAAGCAUGUCAAAGCACUAACCACUCUCAUUGAACAGCAGCAGCAGCAGAUCAUUGCUCUCCAGAAAGGUUUACAUGCUGAUGAGCUUCCCACAAGGAGCCUCGAUUCUAGCCAGGAGGUGUUUCGGUCUGGUUUCCAGAUGUGUGCCAAAGAGGUGCUCCAAUACGUGGCCAAACACGAGAACGCCAAGGAGCUGAAAUCUUCCCAGCUCAUCAGCCACCUACACAGAAUGGCUUCUGAGGUUCUGCAGAGUGGAGCCAGCAGGAAGCCUGGAGAUGCUGCCCCUAAACUUAUGGACCUGAAGGAGAAAUCCGGCUCUCUGACCAAAGCUGCUGAGGCACAUGGGAAAAACUGUGUGCCUGUGAUUCAGAGGACUUUUGCCCACUCCAGUGGAGAGCAGAGUGGGAGCGACACAGACACAGACAGUGGAUAUGGGGGAGAACUGGAAAAAAGUGACUCUAAAUCCGACCCACAGUAUUUUAAAAAGGACAGUGAGCUCAAGUACACUGUCCAGGAGAGGAUCAGUUCCAUCAAACAAGAGAAUGACGACCCACCAGCCAAAAGGCCCAGGAUGGAAAUGUCAGAAGACGAAGAGCAUUUUAGCAGUGACCUGCUUGGCUCUUCUUCGAGCAGUUUCUUGGGACCUCAUCCUCACCAGCCUCCUCUGUGCCUGCCUUUCUACUUGAUUCCACCUUCUGCGACCGCUUACCUGCCUAUGUUGGAGAAGUGUUGGUAUCCGGCCUCGGUGCCCGUCUUGUAUCCCAGCCUCCCAGGUUCCACUGCAGCGCUUUCAGGGUUAAUGAGCCCAGAUAAAAUUUCUUCUCCUUUGCUAAUGCCUCAGCGACUCUCUUCUCCAGCACUGUCUCAUUCCCCCAUGGACUCAACUGCUCUGCUUCAAGCUUUGAAGCAAAUGUCUCCUUUGAAUUUGGAAACCAAAGACUAAACAUGGAGUGACUUUCUCGUGAGAUGCGUUUUCUUUUUGGUUGAGUCUCAGAUUAUUUCGGGGCUUUUUUCCCCUUCCUAAACUGGCUGAACCGAAAAGCAGAGAGGUGGGGCUGAUCAUUUUAUGUAUAGGGAAACUAAGUCCUCCCUUGCUUUGACUGCCCAGGAAAUAUAGGAAAGACCUCAAAGAUGCACCCAAGUUAGUGAAAGAGAGAAGAGGGUUGUUGUUGUUGUUGUUUUAAAUUUUUUAAAAGAUGAUCUGAUGUGCUUUUUCUUUCUGCUGUCUAUGGGGCAACACCUGAUUUAGUCAGCUAGGAUUAUAUUUCGAAGCUGUGAAAGAAAACUAAAAUGUUAGGAUCUGACUAUAAAAGCAUGGUACUUCUGAUGAGGACUUUUCAAAGUAAUGGCCUAGAGAGCCAAGAACUGGAGCUGAAGAGAAUGGUGUCUCCACCCUGAUGCCGCCAAUAUUUGAGUUCUUCACACACGCACAUACACACCCCUAUUGAAUCAUUGUUAUUCAUUCUGCUGGUAGCAGUCACUGGCUGGUAGAGCACCGUUAGUGAGUCGGGGAGAUUUUGAGAUGGGUUUCUCAUCCCAUUUCUGCUUAUUUUCAAAUGCUGGCUGGAUGUUUUGUGCAGCUUGAGCUGUUAGACAAGGACUGUUUGGGAAGGGUAUUUUGCAGGCCUGGCCCAUGAAUCUCUGUGUCUCACACUAGACGUUGCUUUUCAUAACUGCAAGACAGAAAUGUAGGGCAGCCCAUAGGAAAGCAGAUUGGCUCAAUAGGCAAGUUAGGGCUUGGUCCAGCUCUGAUUGGCAUGAAAUGGUAUCAAACUGGUCCUUUGACCUGGGAAUGGCUUGCCCUUGGCUGUUUUACUCUGGAGCCAGUUCUGUUGCAAGGAUGACAGCAGAGUUGUAUGCUCUGAUGUCCAUUCUGAAUUUGCCCCUUGCAUUGUGGUCUUGGAUGAUAACCAAACCUGUUGUCUGUCUUGCAAGGGAGUUGUCUGUCUUGCAAGGUAACUUUCCCCCUCCAAACGCCAGUGUAAACUGCUGUCUAAAUCAACAGCCAAAACACCUAUUACGAAAUUGCCAAGACUGGAGGCCUUACUUAGAUAGCUCUCUCAGAGCCAGUGGCAGCUGCUGGCACUUGCCUAGGGCCCAUGAGAGUUUGGGAAUCCAGGGCAACCCCUAAUCCACCCUCUCUCCUUCAUUCCUGAUGCUCAGGCAAAGGAGACUGGGUGUGGCACCUCUGCACUAAAACAUGUGGCACUUAUGCACCAAAACAGGGGGCAGUGAUCCUGGCUAUGCUCGGCAGGGAGGAUGUGUGUCAAAAAGUCAGAAUAACCUCCCAGUGUAAUAGACCUUAUUUCUGUUUUAGACUAGAGCAUCUCUCUCUCUCUCUCUCCUCAAAACAAUCCAAAUAAAUGAAAUUGGAGGAUGGCGGGAUUCACCUUUGACCUCUGCCUGAAGCAACUUCUUUACCUUACCUCCUGCUAAGGCUGGCCCUUGAUUCAGGAUCAUAGGAAAUGUUUGAGCAACGCUCUUCCCUGCGGAAGGGCUCUUUCCCAGGUCAGAGCUGAAUAUGGAUUCUCAUGGAAUCCAGAUGUGUUGUUUGGUGCUUCAUAAACCUGCAGAUAAGUAUGGUGACACCCACACACCCAAGAAAUGUUUGGAGUAUUAUGGGAUAUGGAGUUUGCCCAAAUGGAUUGCCAUAUUCACUGCUGGCGUGUGCUUGUGGAAGAGGUGACUACUUCCCCCUGGGACACUUCCUCUACUGAUGCUUGCAUGCUUCAGCACCAAGUUAAGAACUGUGAGAAGUCAUCAUCUGGAUGGGCUUACAAGGCUACCCUAGACUGAAUACAUUCUGCACUGAUGAAUACUCCAUCUGAUUUCAACUAUUUAAAAAUACCAAAAAAAAAAAAAAAUCCAUGUAAAAGGGUAGUGUCAUCUAUAGUUUUGAGAAAUCCAUAGAUCUACUGUUCUUUGAUCUCUUUACACAAUUGCACCAACUGCUAGAAUGCACUAUGCUCAAUUUCAGAUUGUGUUUGACCAUUUAUUUUAUUGUUGGUUUUAAAAACAUUUUUUUGUACACAGUUGUUGCCUUUAUUUGUAAAAUCUGUUAUAAAUAUGAAUGUGUACAUAUAAAUAUAUAUUAUAUGGAUAUGUAAUAUAAGAUGUUUCGGAAGUCUAUUAUUUGUAAAACUACUUGAGUACAAAGAAAGUGGGAAAUAUGAUUGUAUUCCUCUUGUUCUUUUUAAUGAGGAGAAUGUUUUGUUCUUCCUCUAGGGAGAGGUAGAGUGUUUAUAUUUUUGGCACCUUCUUGAAGGUGGGGAUAUUGUAAAUAUUUUUAUCAGAGUAAAUGUUAAGUAGUUGUUUUAAAAAAAAUAAAAUUAUUUUCCUGUGGA